CAUCUCUGAGACUGUCUCAUUUGUGAACGUGAGAGCAAGAACAGAGACUGAGAGAGACAGAGAAGCACGAUGGCUGCAUUCACAUGGAUUCAAAUGUCUUCUUUACUGAUACUGAUGCUUCAGUUUAACGGAACAGCCGAGCAAUAUUCACCUGUUUACGCUGUCAGAGCUGAACAUGACGUUACUUUGCCUUGUAAAAAUUUGAUACAUAAUAAAUGUAAAAGUACUACCUGGCUGUUCAGUGAUUCAGGAAGCACAAGAACACUCUUUGAAAAUGGGCAGAUUCACAAAGAUACCCAGACUAAAUCAGACAGACUGACUGUUAAAAAUAAAAACUGUUCUCUGGUUAUAAAGAAGGUCUCAGUUGAGGAUGUUGGUCGUUACACCUGCAGAAAGUUCAACAAAUCAGGACAACAACAAGGUCCAGACAUUCAGGCUGAUCUGACUGUUAUCAGCAUCACUAAACAUGAGAACCAUGGCGACGUCAUGUUGAACUGCUCUGUAUUUGCCUAUGGACACUGUGGGCACAAAGUGGAGUGGCUGUAUGAGGAUGAAAAGAAAAUAUCAGACAUGAAGAUCUCGGCAGGUCGAUGCACUUCUACUGUGACAUUUACAAGAUCUGACCUGUCCAAGUUUUCUAAGCUGUUAAAGUGUAAUGUAACAGAUACUUCCACCAAAAAUGUGACAAUCUUUCCCUUCAAACCUCAAAAGUCUUCAGAUAAAGAUGCAAAUAAGACAAAAUCCACAAUGGCAUCAACUUCCACCACAACAGCAAAUUUAAUGCCAACACUGAAAACAUCAUUGUCAUCAACAAUAUCAUCAACAUCGUCAACAGCAGCAUCAUCAACAAUAAUAUCAUCAACACUGUCAUCAAUAUUGUCAUCAGUAUUGUCAACAACAGGAUCAUCAACAUCAAUGGAAGUAAAGACAUCAGCAGUGACACCGGUGUAUCAGAAAGCAUCAGGAAAUCAGUUAUGGUUUAUUAUUGUUCCUGUGGGAUUAGCAGGACUCUUAAUAACUGCUGUGGUAGUCACCAGAUGGAAGAAAAAUGCAGAAAACCAGAAACUUCUGUCUGACAGCACUGAUGAAGCUGAGAAUGAUGUUUCAUACGUCACCAUCAGCUUCACCAAGAAGGCCCAAAACAAAGCCCAGGCACGUUGUGGUGAUGAUGAAGGUGACACUGUGACCUACAGCACUGUGAAAGCUUCCUCUUCAUCUGCUGGCGGUUUUACAGAUUCAAGCAACCUUUAUUCCACCAUUAAUAAACUAAAGAAAGAAAAUAAAUAGCAUGUUGCACAUGAAAGUUUA